GCACCGCUCUGGGGGAUCCUGGGAAUUGCAUACGAAUGUACGUGACUGGGGGUGGUAGAGGGGACGCUGCUGCUGCCCUCUCGCUCGAAAGCAACCCCUUAGGUGGGGAAGUUUCCUGGGUGGUGGCGGGGAGGACUCCGAGGGCAGAUGCUUUAAAGCAACUCCCAAGGUGAGACAUAUCCAGCCUGAGUGAGACGCCCCUGCUUAUCGGGAGCCCUUCGAUCUAAACUCGGUAGGGAUUCAACUGAAAAGGUGGAGGGCCUGGGCUUGAGAGACGUUGCGGAGUCGGUGAGUGACUCCAAAAAUACCGAAACGAAACCGCCAGACGUAGCUUCCACGCUGACCGGCCUUCUUUCGGGACUUCCGACCCUUACGGGUCCCCAGCGUCUUGCCAUUUCUCUCAGGCAGAAGCUUAUUAAUAAUUCGGGUCUCCCCUGGCUCGGCCUGAUGCGCGUCGUCUCAAUUGCUGAUAAUCCACCACCGGCCGAGAUCGAAUCAACGAACAGGGAUAUUACAACAAGCCACAUGUCUGUACUGCACUUUGAAAUUCAACUAUUCUAUUGGCAACAAUAAUUUUGUAUUAAUUUAGUAUUCUAGGGCUUUAAAAAGAAAGCCAAGUUCACACAAAAUAAAUUUUAAAAUAAGGAAUGAUAAACGGACUACAAGGCGAUCAAGUUAACAAUCGAACAGGUUGAAAACAUUUUAAAAACUUUUUAUUGGUUUUAUUAGACUUUAAAAAAUCAUUAUCCGAUAAAAUUCGUUAAGAAGCUUAUUAGAAAUAUUUAGAAAUAUGGCUUCAUUCAAGGUUCCUAUACUGAAUUUAGAAGUCAGAGAGUUAAAAGAAAUAAUAUGGGAGAAAGUACAAGAACCCCAAGCCCAAAGAAAGCUUAUAUUGGUAAUUGUAUGCAUUGCUCUUCUGCUUGACAAUAUGCUGUACAUGGUAAUUGUACCAAUAAUUCCAGACUACCUCAAGUAUAUAGGGACAUUUGCCGAAGAUAAGCUUAUUAGUAAUGGAACAUCUCUGGCAAUUAGCAGUCAUCAUGGACAAGACUCUGCUACUGGAGUGUUAUUCGCUUCGAAAGCAAUCGUACAGUUGAUGGUCAAUCCAUUUUCUGGAGCUUUGAUCGAUAGAAUAGGCUAUGACCUGCCGAUGAUGAUAGGACUCUGCAUAAUGUUCCUAUCGACUGCUGUAUUCGCUUGCGGUCGUAGCUACGGUGUCCUUUUUUUUGCAAGAAGUUUGCAAGGUGUUGGAUCAGCUUUUGCAGAUACAUCUGGCCUCGCCAUGAUUGCUGAUCGUUUCACAGAGGAAACAGAACGCUCGAAAGCUUUAGGGAUCGCAUUGGCAUUUAUUAGCUUCGGCUGUCUUGUAGCUCCACCAUUUGGCGGAGCUCUGUACCAGUUUGCCGGCAAGGAGGUGCCUUUCCUCAUCCUGGCAUUUGUGAGCCUUGCUGAUGGCUUUAUGCUAUUGCUUGUUAUGAAGCCUAUCAAAGAACAAAUUAAGGAAAGCCGCAGGGAAAUGACUCCAACUACACCAAUUUGGCGACUCUUCAUCGAUCCCUAUAUUGCGGUUUGCGCUGGUGCACUAAUGAUGUCAAAUGUAGCACUCGCUUUCCUUGAGCCGACCAUCUCUCUAUGGAUGGAGGAUCAUAUUACACACGACAACUGGAAGAUGGGCAUGAUUUGGCUUCCUGCAUUCUUUCCUCACGUCUUUGGAGUAGCCAUCACUGUAAAGAUGGCUAAGCAGUAUCCGCAACACCAGUGGCUCAUGGCAGCAGGAGGUCUUGCCUUAGAGGGCUUAUGUUGUUUAAUUAUUCCUUUUUCGACCUCCUAUAAAUUUCUAAUGAUCCCAAUUUGCGGAAUUUGCUUUGGCAUUGCUCUUAUUGACACGGCAUUACUACCCACUCUUGGUUAUCUUGUAGAUGUACGUUAUAUUUCAGUCUACGGUAGUAUAUAUGCCAUUGCCGAUAUCAGUUAUAGUUUGGCUUAUGCCAUUGGACCUAUUAUUGCUGGAGGAGUAGUUGAAGCUAUCGGUUUUACGGCUCUUAACAUUGGCAUUGCUUUCAGUAACCUACUGUAUACACCAGUGCUUAUGUAUCUGCGACAUAUUUACGAUUUCAAGCUUUUUCAAGAUGAGGCUAAUAUACUUAUGCAAGAUCCUCCCAGCAAAGAGUAUCAAACUUACGUACUUCAAGAACAAAGACCUCUGACCGGCGAAGUGGGUAAUCACUUGACGUCUCAAGCGAAGAUCGAGACUAAUCUUGACCGGGAACCUAGCUAUCAAAGUUAUGAAGAUCAAAACACUUACCGACAAAAUUCAGCUCGAACUCCACAAAAUCAGAGCUACUCAUUUGAACAACAGCAUCCAUCUCAGCAAUAUCAGCAGAAUUAUGCAGGUUAUGAUCAUAGCUCACAAGCGAUGCAGCAAUCGGAUACAGUAUUUUAUCAGCAGAUACCAUAUCAUCACCAGCAACAUCAAAAUAUCAGGUCGGGAAAUCCCAAUCCGUUCAAAAGUGAAGACUUUGAUGAACGGCCUACUGGAGAUAGUAAUCCUUUCAGACAAGGCAUGUUUUAAAAUACACACACUUAUUCUUUCACUAAGUUACGUGUUGAAUAAUUAGAAUCCGUAAAUAGAUAGAUGCUAUGAUGCUAGUCAUUUAUUUUAGUUGAUGACUGUGAUUGAUUGAAGUUGUGGACUGUUGUCUUCGUGGUAGGCUUCCACUGAUGAAGAAUGCAAAUAAUAAUUUAAUAAUUGUUAAGAAAUGUCGAAUAAUCUAAUUAAAUUAUAACAGUUUGUCAUUAGUAAAAGUUUAACUAAUCAUAAGGAAUACUUAUAUUGCAAUAUAAUACGGAAUGUACAAUAACUCAACUAAUGUAUGACAACAUUAGAAACAAAUCGAUAUUAAAUAUUACUAACUAGCUAUUGUUUUGCUUCCAAAAAUGUCUAUUUUAAUGACUAUAACAAUGCGCUUUCUGUUUCAUAAUGUGCUUCAAACAAUACUUUUGUGCAUUAAGUUUAUAUUUUGGAUGUGGUCAAUACCAAGUUGGUUUUAAUUACUAAUUUUUAAAUCAUUAGAAGUUAAUUAAUAAUAAUAUUAUUUUUAAUAAAUAUAUGGAAAUAGGAUAAUUUUUCGCAAAAAAGUGCAAAUAUGUACAUAUUCUGCUUAUUUUCAUAGUUGUCCUCCUUAUACAAUUCUUUGGUUAGAAAACUACUUAUUAAUUUGAUUUGAAGUUCAAUUUUGCACCAUUUCUGUAACUAUCAAAUUAAUGAAGCAUAUGUAGUAAGAAUUUCGAGCUAUUUUCAAGACAAUUUAUAAAUAUCUAUUAUGAUUAAGGAGUACAAUAUGUUAAGGCAACUAAGCAGUUUAUUAAUAAAUAUUAAUGGUAUACUAGUAUAUUACCCUUACCAGAAAUUAAACAUAGUUUUUAUUGAAAGACAGUAGCAUGUUAAGUAUUUGGUCUAUAGGUUCCGAUCAGCAAAGAACUAUAGAAAUUACUCAAAGUGUUUGUAUUAUUUUAUUUUAUUUCCAAAUUGAUCGAAUUUAUUUAAUAUUACUGAUUGCUGAACCAAGAUAACAUAUCACGAAUUCUGUUUCUUACGGAGUUCAGAAAGAUAGUUCUAAGAAUUGUACUCUAGAGAAAAAUGAUAGAAUAUGUAAUUUCGUAUGUAUAGUGGAUUAAUCAACAUCGUUAGAUUAGUAGUUUCAUAGUUACUAUAACAUAUUACAUAUAACAUUUUACUACACGAGAGAUUUUUUUUCAAAUUUACAAUAGCUUACUACUUAUUAUUGAAACAUGUUCGUUAUACGUUCUUUAUUUUAUAUUCAAAUAUCUCAAUCUCACUGAUAAUUAAAGGCAACAUAUAUUUGUGUGUAUCGUAUGAUAUUUAUAGAAAAUAAAAAAAAUUUUUAUGUAAGUUCAUCAAUGAUUUCAUAUACAGUAUGUACGGCAAUUAUUGAAAAAUCUUUUAAUAAAUAAUUUAAUUACGCUAAAGCGUUUCCUCUAAAAUUAUGACUUUAUUCAAGAAGUGAACGUGAUUUGAAAUUUAUAAUUUAUUGAAAGUGAAAAAUUUAAUAUUUUUAAUUAUAAGGAACCCACGUUACCUGUGAAGACCAAUUUUGAUGUGAUUACAGUUUUGAAAGAUGUUCCUUAUAAAAACUAAAAUAUAUAUUUAGUUUGAUUUUAUAGGCCUUUUUCGGACUUAUAAAGCCUCAUAUCGAACAUAUAGAAAAUCAAGUCUCUCUUUAACCUGAUAUAACACUUAAAGAAAUAAGUCUACCACAAUUUACAAAUCAUCAAUCGAUACCAAGACUUAAAUGCUUAAGUUUAAAAAAGAACUUUAUUGAAUAGGAUUCAAUCAUUCGUGUAAUGUCAUUUUAAAAUGUAUAAAUUAAAUCCCUAGUAAAUUUGUCCCAAAUUAAACAAUUUUAAAAUUUAUUAAAACGAAAUGAAAUAAAUUAUUUCAAUGUAACUUGUAAAUGGCUCAAUUUCUUUGAAUAUACUUGUUUUUCUGCAAAUAAAAUUAUUUUAUUUCAGAUUUCCAUUGCUGACUUGUAAAUUAUGGUUGAUUCAUUUCUUGAAUUGUUAUUUAAAGUUAAAAUACGGAGAUUUCAUUUUUCAAUACAUUGGAUAUAGAACCGCGUAAAAGCUCCUAAAAUAUGACUAUGAAAUGAAACUAAUUGAUACAUGAUGUCUAACUUUCUAUGAGGAAUAUUUUUACAAUAUUUUAUCAAAAUUGAUCUUUCACAGCUUUGCGAUCUUCUUCUUGUUAAAGCGUGAUUUCCCGGUUAAAAAGAGGACGUUAAUUCGAAUUGAAAGAUAUCUCCAAUCCAUUUUAAGUUUAUUUGUGAUAACCACAAAUGUUUUGGAAAUUUAUUCAAAAUUAGAUCGGGAAAUAGUGUUUUUGCAAUCGAUUGAAAUUGAUAGAAUUAAAAACCAUUAAUGCAUUGGAUUACAAAUAGCAAAGUUAGUAAAUAAAUAGCAAAAUUCAUGUAAAUCAUUUGUAAAAGCAAAAAUAAUAUUCAUUCAACUGUAAUAAAAUGAGAAAAAUAAAAUAAACAUGUUUUUACAGCUUUUCUUUUGAUUGCAACCUUUGAUGCAAGAUUGGAAUUUUCGACCUUUUGUUCAUGAAACUAACACUUAUACGAGUGAUUCAUCGUUAACUAGCAAAAUCCUUGUUUGAUUAGAAAUUACAUAUUGUGAAGAAACUAUGAGGAAAAUUCAUUCUAUUAUCAAAUAAUGCUAAAAUUCAAACUUUUAAUCUAUGCAUAUU